CGUAGCCGUAUAGCCCGUCCCACUCAGCGUUUCACGGAGAUGGCCAGUCCUAGUCGUGUUUUCGCCACGUUAAAACCUUCCGCUGGUCGGGAUUUGGUUUUUAACGAAAUCAAUCAUCACCAACAACAACAACAACAACAUCAUCAUCCCCACUCCAGCGCCAGGGAGCUCCAAGUGACGGGAGUGGCGGAAGGAUCCUGCCAGGCGGACCGCGCAACUUUGCGCAUCGGCCUCAGUAACUGCAAGGACUCGGUAAACGACGUGACCGGAAGCAUCUCUCGGAGGCUCGAGUACAUAAUUCAAACCCUCAGACAACAUGGGGUUCAGGAUGAAGACAUCUCAAUGAGAAAGUGUCUCCGCCGAGAGGAUUUCUUGUAUCAAAUGGACGCAGAGGCCACAGUGGGAUUCUCAAACUUUGAGAAAAUGGAGAUGGUGUGUUGCAUUCUGCUGGAGAAGAUGGACAAGAGUGUCUGUGUGGGAAUGCCGCAGUUCCACCACAGUGCAGAAUGCCUGAGCCAGCUGAGGCGGCGUACAUAUGCAUCAGCAGUUGCGAAUGCCCAACAGAAGGCCUACGAAGGCAGCGGCCUGCUGGGACAGAUUCUUGGGCCCCCUCUACUGAUUAGAGAGGAAGAGACGAGGGAAUGGAGAAAUGAGGACACAGAGGAAUGUCACGGUGGAGCAGCCCAUUCCAAACCCUUCCGCAGACCAACCGUCAAUGCCGCCUCUCGUGUGUUUGUGUCCUUCACCCUCUUAGACGGAACCAGGUAGAAACGCUAAAGA